AAAUUAAUUUGAUUGUGAAUGAUAUGUGUCACAUAGUUUGCAAAAUUAAAUCAUAAAUCUGGCUGUUUUUAAUGUACUAUUUUUGUAUGUUACUCUGUUUUUAUUAAUUAGAAACUUCACUAAAUCACUAUUUUUUACAAUACUUUUAAUUUUAUUGUAUAAACUCUUUCAGAAAAGUUUAUAAAAAUUUUAUUAUUUUUAUGAUUAAAAAAAAUGUGUUUACUUUAAUCAUUAAAAUUAUGCUGCAAUCAGUUGAAAGGAAAUCUACAAAUCAAACAUUAAGACUAGUGGAUAGAAACAGACUUAUUGCUCAACGUGUUAGAGUGAUACCUAAUGAAAAAUUGAUAUCUAAUGCAACAGAAAUAUCCAAAUCACAACAUAAUGUAUUAGAUAAUUUGUUAGAAUUACCAACAGAAUUUGAUCUUAAUCCAAAUUCUAGUAAUGAUGAACUUUUGGAACUUAGUAACAGUCAAAUGUCAGCUUUUUUUCGAGAAUUCUCUGAUAGUCAAAAAACGGUCUGCAAAGAAGAAAAAAAGAAUACUACAAGUAGCUAUAAAACAAUCAAAGGGUUAGGGUUCUAUACUUGUGAAACGUGUCCUUUUUUAUGUGUAAAUGUUAAAUUGUUUUUGGAACACAAUGAAAAAGAUCACAAUUUUCAUCAUUUGCCUUUAAAAUCAUUGCUUCGGACAAAAUGCAUUGGCUGUGAUAAUGUAUUUUAUUCUAUUAACGUACUUCGGUGCCACUUAAUUGAAGAUCAUGACGUGGUACCCAUUGAGGUUGAAGAAUUAGUACAACUUGUAAUUGAAGCUAAUAAAGAAGAAACAAUGAACUUAAAUAAUGCUAGAAUAUAUCAACCAGAUAAUAGUGACUUGGACGAAUUGAAUGAAAUUCAUGAUACUAUACUAGAUGAAUCAGAGUUUGAACAAAGAUCACAUUAUGUAGAUGCCCAAGAUCAAUUAACAGGGGAUCAUAAUUUUAAUAACUGUCCGAUGAAUGAAACUUCUGUUGAAUUUUGGGAUUAUCAAGAACAAGUUUUUAAUGGAUAUCAAGAAAAUAAUCAACUAACUGAUAAAAAUCUCAUGAAUAAACCUUUCAAGUGUUCUAUUGGGAAUUGUAAAAUAAAAUUUGGAACUGAUGAUAAUUUAAAGUAUCAUAAAAGAUGUCAUUCAGAUGAUGGAUAUCAAUGUUCUGAACUUGAUUGUCAUUUCAUGGAUACAAAAUGGUCAAAAAUUAUGUCACAUUUAUGGAAAACACAUAAUAUAGAUUUAGAAAUGUUUAGUUGUAAUAAAUGCAAUUUUAAAACCAACAGUUUAUACAAAUUAAAAACUUUCCAUAAAAGUAUUCAUGAGCAAGAUAGACCAUUUUUAUGUACCGAAUGUGGAAAAAAGUUUAAAUCAGUUAAACAACUAAGAAACCAUAAGGUAAUACAUUCUAAAGUAGACAAGCGAUUGAGAAUAGAUUUAACUUGUUUACAUUGUUCACGCAAGUUUACAUCAAAAAGUCUUCUCCAUCAGCACAUAUCUAGUAUACAUAUUAAAGCUCGCCCGUUUUCUUGUGAAUUAUGCUCUUAUAAAACUUCAAUAGCAAGUUCUUUGAGAUUACAUAUAAGGUCUCAUACUGGCGAAAAACCAUUUAAAUGUGAUGAAUGUGGUUAUUCAACAUCAGAUCAUAAUACACUAAGAAAGCACAAGAUGAGGCAUACAGGAAAAAAAAGUUACACGUGCCCUCACUGUAAUUACUCUUGUAUUCAAGCAACUUCAUAUAAAAAGCAUUUAAAUACUAAGCAUCCAGGAUUGGAUGAUGGUUUUAUGUAUAGCUGUGAUAUGUGUAAAUUUAAAACAGUAAGAAAAGAUACCUACAUGCUUCACAUUGUGAAACAUAAAGAAGAAAUCAUACAAAAAAAUGGGGUAUGUGAGCCUCUUAUUGAUUUACAAGAAGUUUUUAAUGAAAAAUAUAAAGUCCAAAAUGAUGCUGUUGAACAAUCAUAUUUAUUUAAUACUAUAAGAGUAAAGCCUUUGAAUACAAUGAAACCAAAUGAAAUCAUUGAAUAAAAAAAUAUUGUAUUAGCAUUUAAUUUUCUAAAUGGAAAUUGUGUACAGAACGUUUGUUUACAUUAUUAUAUGAAAAACAUAUAUGUUACAAAUAUAAUUAAAUUGUCAUUUAAUUAAUUUUUUAAAUAUAUUGGAAAAUUAAGUUUUGAUA